CUUGUUCGUUUUCCGAUCUUCCCAAACAAUAUGGCGAACUUGAAGCACGCUUUAGACGGUCCAGAAUCUGUAAAAAUGUCCGGAGAAGUUCCCAAAGGCGACAUUCAGCUCGGACCGACUGCAGGUUCGGGACUGUGCUCAGCUCCGUCGUUUACGGCCGCCGCCGAGCUGUUGUCGGCGCCGUACUCGUGCCUGGUGAUGGACACGCGCAGAAGGCACGUCGUCCUACCGCCAAUGUACCUGCAGAAGAAGAAAACAGGCAUCCAGCAAGAGCUCGGAGCGGAGCUUUUUAAAUUCUCACACAGUCUGAAGGGUGUACUUCUAGCUUAUGACAAUAUCAGGAUCGUAGGCCACCACGGAGACAUCUAUGAUGACAGCGGUUAUAUCCACAUGGACGUAGAAGCCGAGUUUAUUGUGUUUCAGCCAAAGCGAGGGCAGAAACUACUGGGUAAGGUGAAUAAACUUGGGGUAAGUCAUGUUGGUUGCCUGGUUCACAACUGCUUCAAUGCAAGCAUUCCCAAACCCAGCCUGGUGUCUGUGGACACAUGGCGGGAUGCAGGACCGAGGGUCGGGGCGGAGCUUGAGUUUGAGGUGGUGUCACUCGAUGCCGACACGGCUGGUGUUUUAUUAAUCAGAGGACGGCUGAGCAAGAACAGGAUUCAGGAAUUGGUGGCUCUGAGUGAGACAUCGGAGUCCAGUGGAGUCCAGCCACAGCCGCCGGGCACACAACCAAGUCCAGAACCCGCUCCGGGCUCUGCUGAUGACACGCCCAAGAAGAAGAAGAAGAAGAAAAAGAACAAGAGCAAAGUUAAAGAGGAUGAAAUAGAAGAGACUCUAGCAGUUACAGAAGAAGACAGUGCGUCUCUCGAGAUAAAUGGAAUAAAGUGUAAAAGUAAUGAGAGUGAAGCUGUUGAGAAAAAAAGGAAAAAGAAGAAGAAACACCUGAAGGAUGAGCCAGAGGAGCACGUCGUCUCUCCCACAGAGCUCCACCAUAGUGACUGCUGUGGCUGUGUUAGCCACACGCCAAGUAAGAAGAGGAGCCACGACACUGACUGUGAUACAGAAUUUAAGUCCCCAAAGUCCAAAAAGAAGAGGAAAAGUGACAUUGAACAAUUUGUUUGAAAAACUAAUGACAGUGUUUGGAUAUCCAUUGUGUUGUCUAUAAUUACAGAGGUAUUACUAGCAAGCUAGUACCGACGUGCCUUAAUGAUUAGAAACUGUAUUUAAUCAUGACCAUGUCUGCUUAAAUUCAAACAAUGGGGCACGCACACAAGAGGAGACUUUUUUGCGUUGUGCAGCCUCAUUUGUAGGUUUGAAUCAAAUGAAGUGCAUGAAAAAUGCAUUUGUAUUUAGCCUGCAUUUCCCCAUCAUCGCCUGGUGGGGGAGUAAAAGUCCAUCCACACUGGGGAAAGAAAAGUGAAACCAUACAGGAGCUCUGUGAGGUGUUUGUUUUCCCUCUUUCUAACUAAUCAAGCCAAAUGUGUGAUAGUUCAAUGCUGUACUUGUUUUUAUAUUUGUGCAUGGAAGGAAGAGAGUUAAACUAGUAC